AUGCCCGCUGUCCUUGUCAAUGACGCACUUCACUUCCUACUUGGCUACAACAAUGAUGAUGAUCGUGUAAAAAUUCUCAAGUACAGCUUGAGCUCUGAUUCUUUGUCAUUGAUUGAUGCGCCACUUGCCGAGUCUGUCGUUUUUCGUGGCCCUAUCCUCAUGGCGAUGAAGGAUGGCAGUUUGGGCUUUGCACAUGUGGACAGCAGGUUAACCCUCUGCGUGUGGUCUAAGCAGAUACAGUUCGACGGAGUUGCGUCAUGGACUCCUGUUAGAGUGGUGGAUCUCAAGAGCCUUCUCCCUAUUAAAAAUCCCAAGAGAAUACUUAGAUUGAUUGGAUCUGUGGAGGGCAGUGAUAUCAUUUUCGUGAACACGGAUCUUGGCGUCUACGAGAUUGAUCUCCAAACACUAGAGUGGAAGGAGCGAAUGAAGAGAGAAAACCUCCAUUCUUUGAUUCCGUACGUGAGCUUCUACAAUCCGCCAGGUAUAUCUCUACGUGUCUUUCUUCUUUUAUGAUUCGUGAACAACUCUUCUCAGCGAUAAUUCGAAACGGUGCCCGGGCUCAUCUACUCCCGGUGAAUAGUAAAUUCGAAAAAAAUAGCAAACAAAUUCAAAAAAUCUGAACUUUUUACACGUGCAAGAUGAGAGAAUUUUCUAGGUGCGUGCAAAUUUUCAAGGUGUUUGGA